AUGCAAAUCGCAUUAGCCGCUAAAUACAUUGGAGCUAGUAUCGCUACAUUAGGAUUAGGAGGUGCCGCUAUCGGUAUCGCUUUAGUAUUCGUUGCUUUAAUCAACGGUACAUCACGUAACCCUUCAUUAAGAAGUACAUUAUUCCCUCAAGCUAUCUUAGGUUUCGCCUUAUCAGAAGCUUGUGGAUUAUUCUGUUUAAUGAUCUCUUUCUUAUUAUUAUACGCUGUUUAA